CAAAAAGUCAACCAUAUGAACGCGUUUCUCUAGUGUUGACCCAAAUUCGAAGAGGACAAGCCAGCCACUCAAAGAUGAAAGACGUAUCAAUCUCUCGAGAUAUGUGGUAACUUACCUUUCCAAAUAAAACAAACAAGGAUUAUAAGCUUAUACCGUUUCCGCACUUCUCCCAUGGCAGUUUCUUCAUCAUUGUCACUGCAGUCUUGCCAUUGGAGGCACCAUGUGUUCCCAAGCUUCAGCGGCAAAGAAGUCCGCAGAACCUUUCUCAGCCACCUGCUCAAGGAGUUCCAGCGUAAGGGAAUCCGUACGUUCAUAGACAAUGAUAUCAAGAGAAGCCAAAUCAUCAGUUCUGAGCUCGUACAAGCUAUAAGGGAAUCUAGGAUCGCAGUUGUAGUGCUGUCGCGAACCUAUGCAUCUUCAAGCUGGUGUUUGAAUGAGUUGGUGGAGAUAAAGAAAGUUAGCCAGAAGGUCAUGCCUGUUUUCUACGAGGUGGAUCCAUCUGAUGUGAGGAAACUAAGGGGAGAUUUUGGAAAUGCGUUUAAGGAAGCAUGUGAAGGACAGCCAGAUGAGGAAGUGAAGCAGAAAUGGAGAGAAGCUUUGGUCUAUGUGGCUAAUAUAGCCGGCGAGUCUUCUCAAAAUUGGGACAAUGAAGCAGAUAUGAUUGACAAGAUUGCUAUGACCAUUUCAAAUGAAUUGAAUUCUACACCAUCACAAGAUUCCGAAAAUUUAAUUGGAAUCGACGCUCAUAUGAGAGAGAUGGAUUCUCUGUUAUGUCUGGAAUCAACUGAAGUGAAAAUGGUGGGGAUUUGGGGUCCUGCAGGUAUUGGAAAGACAACAGUUGCCAGAGCUUUAUUCAACCGGCUCUCUAAAAACUUCCAACACACUAUUUUUAUGGAGAAUGUUAAGGGAAGUACUAAGAGAUCGGAACUUGAUGGCUAUGGCUUCAAAUUGGGUUUGCAAGAACAGUUUCUGUCUGAAGUUAUUGAUCAUAAGCAUAUGAAGAUACAAGACUUAGGUUUGGUAAAGGAAAGAUUGCAGGAUCUGAAAGUUCUUGUUGUUCUUGAUGAUGUUGAUAAAUUAGAACAACUUGAUGCCUUAGUGAAACAGUCUCAGUGGUUUGGUUCUGGAAGUAGGAUCAUCGUGACCACGGAAAACAAACAGCUUUUCAGAGCGCAUGGGAUCAAUUUCAUAUACGAGUUGGGUUUUCCAUCAAGAAGUGAAUCUCUUCAGAUUUUCUGCCAAUCUGCAUUUGGAGAUAGCUCGGCACCAGAUGGUUGUAUGGAGCUUGCUACUGAAAUAACAAAGCUUGCUGGCUAUCUUCCCCUAGCUCUGAAGGUUUUGGGGUCCUCUCUGCGAGGGAUGAGCAAAGAUGAGCAAAUAUUAGCAUUGCCUCGACUCAGAACCAGUCUUAAUGAGGAUAUUAGAAAUGUUUUAAGAUUCGGUUAUGAUGGUUUACACGAGAAGGAUAAGGCUAUAUUCCUUCAUAUUGCGUGUUUAUUCAAUGGAGAGAACGUUGAUUAUGUGAAGCAAAUACUUGCAAGUUCUGGCUUGGAUGUCAACUUUGGGCUUGAAGUCCUUACCAAUAGGUCUCUCAUACACAUAUCGAGAUGCAAUCGUACCAUAACGAUGCACAAUUUGCUAGAACAAUUGGGUCGAGAAGUUGUUUGCGAACAAUCCAUUGACGAGCCUGGAAAACGUCAAUUCUUAGUGGAUGCUUCAGAGAUAUAUGAUGUACUUGUUGAUAACACUGGUACUGGAGCUGUUUUGGGCAUAUCUUUGGACAUAUCUAAGAUCAAUGAUUGGUUUCUUAAUGAAAGAGCUUUUUGUGGGAUGCAUAAUCUGUUGUUUUUAAGAUUCUACAAGUCCUUUUCGAGUAAAAAUCAAACCGAGCUACAUUUACCUCGAGGCGUGGAUUAUUUACCCCGUAAACUUAGGCUGCUGCAUUGGGAUGCAUUCCCCAUGACAUCAAUGCCUCUGAGUUUUCGUCCAGAGUUUCUUGUUGUGAUCAAUAUGAGAGAGAGCCAACUCGAGAAGCUGUGGGAAGGAACACAACCUCUUAGAAGUCUAAAGCAUAUGGAUUUAAGUAUGUCUGAGAAUCUAAAGGAGAUUCCAGAUCUUUCAAAAGCCGUAAACAUCGAGGAACUCUGUCUCAGUUAUUGCCGAAGUUUGGUGAUGCUACCUUCCUCAAUCAAGAACCUUAAUAAAUUGGUUGUUCUUGACAUGAAGUAUUGCUCAAAACUAGAAAUUUUCCCCUGCAAUAUGGACUUGGAAUCCCUUAGCAUCCUUAACCUCGAUAGAUGCUCACGAUUGGAGAGUUUUCCAGAAAUAUCUUCGAAGAUUGGAUUUCUCUCUCUCUCAGAAACUGCAAUAGAGGAAGUUCCCACAACAGUCGCUUCUUGGCCAUGUCUGGCAGCAUUGGACAUGUCAGGCUGCAAGAACCUUAAGACAUUUCCAUGUCUUCCAGACACUAUAGAAUGGUUGGAUUUGAGCAGGACAGAUAUCGAAGAAGUCCCUUUGUGGAUCGAAAAAAUCUUUCGGCUCAAUAAACUAUUGAUGAAUAGCUGCAUGAAGCUAAGAAGCAUCUCUUCUGGGAUUUCUAGGCUGGAACAUAUCGAAACACUAGAUUUCUUAGGGUGCAAAAACGUUGAGAGCUUCCCUGUAGAGAUCUUCCAGAGCUCUCAGUUCUGUCAUAAUCUGGUGAUGGAGAUGAGAAACAUCCAUAACCCUGAUCUUCCUCAACCAUUUUAUUUCAGGAACAAUUAUAUUGACACCAUUCCAGAUUGUAUCACACGUCACUGCAAGCUGCCUUUUCUGAAUUCAUCAGGAACAAUCUCCAGUGAUAUAGAGAAUAAUUUCAUUUGGUUCGAUGAAGAUUGGGGAAGAAUGGCAUGAUUAUGACGAUAGUGAUGAACAUGCUUGUUUUGGAGUUGUGAAAGCGAUCGAUGACGCGAUUAGAAUCCUGAAUUAUUCUAAGGAAGAGAGCAGAGUCAAAUAAACCGGAAUCUGAUGAUAAUACUUCUCCGGUUAAAGUGCCAAAGAGUUUAUAUGUAUACUCUCCAAUACGAUCAUGAUCAAACCUGUGAUCAUCGCUUCUGGCCAGGUCUUAUCUUUUUCCCUCUCUCUGUUUCUUAUGAUUCUUGCUUCGAUUUUGCUCAUCUCGUUUGCAUGUGCUUUGAUUUUGAUUUUUUUGGAGAAGUUAUGAUUCAAGAUGCAAGAUUCUGUUGUUUGUGUUGUUUUUUGGUUUUUUCUGUUUUGUGCAGACGUAUGAAAAGAGAUAUAUCACAGAGUGGCUAAAGCAUGAACGUACAUGUCCCAAAAGCAAAGAAGUUCUCUCUCACUGUUUUUGGAUACCUUUUUUUAGUAGUUUGUACAGUCGCUUAGAAAUCUCAAGAAGAUUUGAGUUGCUCCCUCAAAUUGGCGAACAACAGGAGAUCCUCCUGCUCUCAGAAUUAGAUGAAGGUAGGGACUGGAAGUAUGUUUAAUACGUCUAUUGUGAGAAUAUAAAGAAAAGGUAAGGAGCAAUUUUUAAUAAGUAGUAAUUGAUGAAGGGAGACAAAUCUAUAUGUGUCAACAUCGUUGAUUUUCUUGGAGAAACGAAGCAUCUAUCUCUCUCCUUUAUUCCCGAGCUUCUGUGGAAGAGACGUCCGCAGAGCCUUUCUUAGUCACAUUAUGAAAGAGCUCAGCAGCAAGGGAAUCACACUCUUCAUUAAUAAUGAGAUAAAGCGAGGCCAGUCUAUCGGUGCUGAGCUCAGACUAGCGAUCCAAGGAUCAAGGGUUGCGAUUGUUUUGCUCUCGCGUAACUACGCUUCUUCAAGCUGGUGUUUGGAUGAGUUAGUGGAAAUCAUGAAGUGCAGGGAAAAUAAGCAACAAACAGUGAUGCCCAUUUUCUACGAAGUGGAUCCAUCUGAUGUCAGGAAUCAGACGGGAC